AUGGGUGGCCCACAUCUCGAAGUCUUCAAGUUCGGCAUGUACAUCAUGUUCCCCAUCGGCUUCAUGUACUACUUCGGCAUCAACCUGCACUCGAGAUUCAACGUGCCCGACUUCUGGCCCAAGGAAGGACAGACUCAUCAGAUCCCCUUCGAGCGCGAUGAGAUUGCAGAGGAGCUCAAGAUUCUGAAGGAGCGGCGCUUGGCGGCAAGAGCACAGAGACUGGCAAAGGAGGCGCAGGGAGAGAGCACCGAGGUGGCGGUGAAUCAAGAGGCAGAGAAGCAAACCCCCAGACCGGACAUCGUGGAAGCGACCACCGUAAAGACUGGAGAGGGACCGUCUUCACCGUGGAACGCAUUAUUCGAGACGUGGCGAGGAUGA